GACGCUCCUGGUUCUUUAGAUCCUACCAUUAUUUUGGGAUUUUGAACAGAAACGGAUCAGCCGUGGUUCAUUGUCUUCCAUUUCCGUCAUGGAACAAUCAACCUCCGACUCUGAAGUCUCCGAUCGAAAGAGGGUGGUGAUCAUUGGAGGGGGCGUUGCCGGGGCCCUCCUCGCUAAGACCAUACAAUUCGAUGCCGAUGUAACUCUCGUCGACCCGAAGGAGUAUUUUGAGAUCCCAUGGACAAACUUGAGAGCAAUGGUGGAGCCGUUGAUUGCAGAGAGAUCAGUGAUCAACCACAGUGAGUACCUUACAAAUGGACGUGUCAUUAUAUCUCGUGCUAUUAACAUCACAGAAACUGAAGUAUUGACUGAGGAGGGUAGCCCAAUUACAUAUGAUUAUCUUGUUAUAGCUACUGGACAUGACGACCCUGUUCCCAAAACCAAAAUGGAGAGGCUCGAAGAGCAUAAUUCAGAGAAUAAAAAAAUACAAGCUGCCAAUUCCAUUUUAAUUAUUGGAGGGGGCCCUACUGGAGUUGAACUUGCUGGAGAGAUUGCUACAGAUUUCCCUGAUAAGAAGGUGACUCUGGUCCACAGUGGUUCAAGGUUGUUACAAUUCAUUGGACCAAGAGCUUCUACCAAGACACUAAAAUGGUUGACUUCAAAGAAUGUUGAAGUGAUAUUGGAGGAAUCAGUUACCUUCAACACCGAAUCAGAUGGAAAACAGGUAUAUCAAUUGUCCAAUGGAAAAACCAUUGAUGCUGAUUGCCACUUCCUGUGUAUUGGUAGAUCCACAAGUUCAUCUUGGCUGAAGAAAACCAUUCUGAACGGUAGCUUGAAUACUAUUGGAAAAUUGAUGGUUGAUGAAUACUUAAGAGUGAAAGGCCGGAAGAACAUCUUUGCGAUUGGAGAUAUUACUGGCAUUUUGGAAAUCAAACAGGGGUACUUGGCUCAGAGGCAUGCUUUACUUGCUGCCAGGAACUUGAAGAUGUUGAUGACUGAAGGCGAUGAAAGCAAGAUGGCAACUUAUAAACCAGGUUCAUCAAUUGCAAUUGUUUCACUGGGGAGGAGAGAUGCUGUUGCACAACUCCCCUUCAUAACAGCGAUAGGGCGAAUGCCUGGCUUGAUUAAGUCAAGGGAUUUAUUUGUAGGGAAGACAAGGAAGCAACUGGGUCUUGAACCUAAUCCUCAAAUUGCACAGACAACCUGGUACAAAGGAUUUUGCAAAUGAUAGCUUGGAUAGUAUACCUUCACACGCUCAAGAUCUUAUUAGACCAGAUGGUUGCGGUCUUCCUUUUCUUAGAGUUUGUUAACUUUUAGGUUCCGCCGGACAGCCUUUGUUAUGAUAUGAGCCGGUGGUCCUUUGUAUAGAUCUUCUGAGGGGUAAGGUUUUUACGUCCCCCCCUCUUAGGUUUCUUUUGUUCAAUAUUAAUAAAAUCUAUGGGCCACUCCUCCACUGAGUAAA